AUGCAAUUUCGAAUGCCCCGGUCGACGGGCGGCAACAUGGGGAGAACCAAAAAUAUCAUCCAUUUCGUCCAGGCCUUUGUGAUUUUCCUUGCCUGGGCGAUGACGAUCGGGAUCUGGACAAAGGGCGAUGGUAUCGAUGGGCGCACGGUGUGGUACUGGAUCUUGUGUUGGAUCAGUAUUCCCGCUUUAAUUUAUCUCGCCGCCGUGCCCAUGUGGCCUCGAGCCCGCCGAUUUGGAAAUGUGUAUGCCUUCGCGACGGUCGACAUCAUCUACACUGUCUUCUGGUUCAGUGCAUGGGUCGCCGUGGCUUCCUACGUUGCGCAAGGCAAGAGCAUCGGAAAGUCGAGCAGCGAUGACAAGACUUCUAGCACCAAGUCCCGCCGUGCCUCGACCAGCACGGCAUCUGGUUGCGAUAACUGGGCAUAUGGUAGUGCUAGCAAGUGCAAGGUUAGCACGGCGACCACUAUCAUUGGAGUGUUCAUCUUCAUUCUCUUCGCCAUUACCUCUUGGAUGUCCUUCCGCAAUGUGAUGCACUUCCGUCGUACCGGUACCCUACCCGACGCAGUCUCCGAUCCCACCUUCGCCGCUCAAAGCAAGGCAGCCUUCUCUUCGAACCCGGCUCACGACUUCGAGGAGGACGAAGAUGACUUCCGCUCUGGCCGUGCGGGUGUGAGUGCCCCGUCUGGCGGUGAGCAAGACGAGGACUAUGCCCUGCUUCAGCAGAGCGAGAUGGACGACAUUGGCAACGCGCACGGCCGGACCGCAAUGCACGGUGCCUAUGAUCCCACAGAUCCUGCACCCGGCAGUAUUCUCCACGACUAUAACAGCACAGGCUAUGGUGGUGCUCAUGGGCAACACUAUGCCCCGCCAUCGGAGUACGGCUCCUCAAUGAGCGGGUAUGGUCGGUAG